AUGCUGCUCCGCCUGCUAUCGAAUAAGAUUGGUGCUUUUCUCGUUAAUGGCCUUAUUCCACAAUGCGCAAGAUCUCUGAUAUCACGGAUCGCUGGACAUGUAAUGGUAUUUAUGGAGUUGUUCCCCAUGAAAGCGAUGGAGAUCACGUGCGUUUUGGAACAGCUGAUUCCUAUGGUAUCUAGUGCUAAUGCAACGGUAAAAGCUAGUACUAUUAGUGAAUCAUUCGAUCACAAUUCUGAGAUAUGUGAAGCGAGGACAACACAAAUCAUUGUGGAGUGCCCUCAUCCCUAUAAGACCAACAACGUCUAUUCUGUGGUUGUGGGUUUUGAAGAGAGCGUGCAUUUCCUCUGCGUGCAAUUUUCUCCUUCCUGCGAAACUGCGCAAGCCGAUGAUCAACUUCGGUUGUAUAUUGGCGUGAAUAAGGAAAGCUACGUCCCUGUUGGAAGAUACUUCGGCUCAAAAGACUGGCCAACAACUCCUUUGCUUCUUCCUGGCAAUUCCCUUUGGUUCAUCUUAGAGACGACAGCGGAAGUUGAUGGUGCAACUUCUGAGCAGAUGUAUGGUUUUAACUGUACGGUUACUGGCUAUCCAGCUUCGCGAAAAGAUUCCAAUCUAAGACUUGAGCAGGAACUAGCUUGGCUUUCAGCUAGUGCCUGCAGACUUCCCUCCGAUGCAUCUUCCUUGACGCACCUCUCCACUGCUGAAGAAGAUACCAGAAUUUUACUGGAAAAACAUGGCUCGUUAUUGAAAAAAGGUCUAAGUCUCACUCAUGCUCCAACUCUGAACGAAUUAAUACAGAAGGGCUUGCCAUCUUCGGCCCAGUCUCCAGAUCUAGUCUUCUUGCGCGAAUUUCUUUCUGCAUGUGCUACAUCCACUGCUGGUUUUCUAGCACGAUGGCUGCCCUCAGGUCCUGUGGUGGAUCCAGCUCGCUGUCAGCUCACUAUCGUACAAACUGACAUGGCCGUUGGUAAAGCGAUUAAGAUCCGACUCACCACCAAGGAUCAGUUCGAUCGAGAAGUAAUGUGUUCAUCAAUGUGCGUAGAAGUAUCGAUGACAGCUGGGGAUGCCUCUAUU